AUGACAACAUCCACAUGUGGUCAAUGCCAGUGGAUGGCAAAGAAUCCCAAAUCUGGAACUUGUCAAACACCUCAGUGUUCAGGUUGUGAAAGAUGUUAUCCAUUUCUUCGCAAAUCUCAAUGCCAAUUAUGUAAGGAAAGUAAUAAUGUUCAACAUUCUGAACCGCCAGUACGCGCUCUGCUUUCAAAUCAAAUACCUGGGACCUUGGCAACUCCAGCUUUGACUCCAAUAUCAAACACACCUUCAACCGCAUCUAGCCUUCCACAAGAGUUUUUUCAGGCUGGAUUACUCAGUCAACCAGAACUCAAUAACCAGCCUAACUCUUUAGCAAUCCAACGUUUAAACUCACAGGUCAAAUUCCCUGUUCCUUAUAGCUCUCGCUCCUCAGAACUUUCAAACUCUCAACUCCAAAGUUCUUUUCGUUCAUCUCAGUCUGUAAGGCAAACUAUUGGUCAGACUAAAGGCAGGAAAAAGAAGGAAAACAAGGAGGAUGUGGAGGAGGAAAGUCCUGAAAUGGAAAUCUCAAUCACGUUUACUUACCUAAGUGGAAUUGGCAAGUCCAAGACUGCUGCAAAUGCUCUCAUGCCUCAAAAUCCAACCUCUCAAAAAGAGCCGAACUGA